AAAAAACAAGAAUGAGAACGAGAGGUUUGAUAUUGGCAUCUUGUCUUCUGAUUCUUGCCCUAGUUCAUCACUCGGAAGCAGCUUCAGUGAGAAAUCUGCUCGUGAAUUCCCGCCAUGGCUUACCAGACAAGAAGUUCAAGAUCUCGGAUGAUGAUGAUGAAAAAGUUUACACGAGGAAAGUGGCCGUGGUGAAGACGACGAACCCUAACUCGACUUUGGAAUCGAAGCGGGUUAUUCCCACCGGUCCAAAUCCAUUGCACAACAGGUAGUUUAAGUUUGAAGGGUGUAACAAUAUAUAUAUAUAUAUCAAAUAUGUGCGUUCUACCAAAAAAAGGGGGUCUUAUGUGUAAUGUGAACGUAUAAGUAUAAGGCUCUUUAAUGUGAGUCUUAAAAUUUUAAUUACUUUGAAUUUCCAUGGA